AUGUGCUGCAGCAGGGAAGCUUCCAGGUCGGCGUCGGCUUCCCGGCGGGUGACGUUUGACCCGGCCGACCUUCUUUUCAGCGACGAGGACGAAUCCGACCCCGAGGCGUGGCUGGCAGGCGGCGGCGCGGGCGGAGCCCUUGGCAGCAGAGCGGGGACGCCGACGGGGGAGGCGGCCUCUUGGCCGGCGGACGGGGCCGGCGGCGGCGGAGACGGGCCGCCGGCGUCGCGGCGGAGGAGUUUGAGACGCAGCGGCAGCAGCCGCAAGUCCGCCGCCGACCUGCGAGUGGAGCGCGGGCGCGGCGGGGACGGCGAUGGACAGGCCGGCGGCGGUGGUGGCGCGGCGCCCGGGGCCGAGCCCGCGCUGAGCUUGAGCGGCAAGGAGAUGUGGCCGCGUGCAGCUGCGGCCGCCGCCGCCCAAGAGCGGGCGUCAACGGGUGCUGCGGGCGUCGGGUGUCAGCAGCAGGAGUAUCAGCAGCGGCAGGAGGAGAAAGCGGAGGAGGAGGAGGAGGAGGAGGAGGAGCAGCAGCAGCGAGCGGGGGCGUUCAGGGGGGUCUACAGCAUCGACGAGCGCGGCCCGCACGGCGCCGCCGCCUCCGCGGCCGGCGCGACUGCGGCUGCGGGGGGCGAGGCGCCGGGGCAGGAAGCCGCCGAGCAGCUGGUGGAAGCCGCCGCGCAGCUGCUCGAGGCGCUGGCGGCGCUGGGUCGGGAGGAGAGGUUCCACCCCGCCAUCCUUGCGGCCACCGAGGGCGGCGCGCUGCUGCCGGCGCUGCUGGCCGCCGCGCGCGGCGCCGGGCGCGCGGCGCUGCAGCAGCCGCUGGUGCGGCUGGCGGUGGCGCUGGCGUGCCUGGGUGAUGACGUGACACGCCACGCGCUGAUCGACGCCGGGGCGGUCGACAUUCUGAUCUCGCAGGUCGCCGAGCAGUCCGCCCCCGCCGCGCCCGCGGCCGCUCCGGGCCCUUCGUGCCUGUCCGUCUGCCUGGCGGCCUUGGUCAGCCUCGCGGCGGCCUCGGCCUGCGCGCGGCAGCUGAUGCUCGCGUGCCGCCUGCCCGUAAUGCUCGCCGGAUUCGUCUACGCGGCCGACGGCCCGGCCGCCGCGGGGCCGCCCGGCUGCUGGGAAGCCGCGGGGGCGGCGACCGGGGAGGCGGCGGUCUCGGCGGCGGCGGAGCUGCUAAUGCUGCUGGAGCGGCAGGAGGCGUCGUGCGCUGCUCACACGCCGCCGCCGGGGGCCGUGGCGGCGGCGUGGCCGGCGGCGUUGCUGCCGGCUGCGCUUGAGAGCGGGGCGUGCGGCGUGGGCAGCGUGCGCACCUAUGGCGGCACCGGUCGGUGCGGCGAAGGCGCGGCUGGGUGGGCGGCGGCGACGGGACGGUCGGGCGGGGGCGCGCAGGCGGCGGGGGCGCUGGAGAGGCGCGUGUCUGAGAUGGCGACCCGCAUCAAGGCGGCCGCGCUAUCAGAUCCCCGCAGCCACGGCGCCGCCUCCGCAGGCGCGCAGCUGCGGGGCGCCCGCUGGGGCGGCGGCAGCGAUGGCGCCGCGGCCGCCGCCGCGGCGCGCAACAUCGCGGUCGUCUCCGGCGGCGCGCUCGGGACUGCCUGCGCGGGCGCCGCCGCCGCUGGGGCGACCGGCGCGCGGGGGGCGCCGCUGGCUGCGGGUCCCUUCGGCCAGAAGCCCUGGGAGUAUCCGGGAUCGACGCCGCUGGGGCAGCACCGCCCCGGCUCGGCGCCGGCUGCGACGGGCGGCGGCGGCGUCCGUGCGCCCGCUUUCGGGCUGCCGGCCGCGGCGGCGCCCUGCACGCCGCACAACAGCCCAGCCCACGCGCUCGGCGGCGACGCGCCCGACGCGAGCGACCCGCGGCACGCCGCGCUCUUGCGGCUGCUGCAGCUGCGAGCGGCGGCCCCCUGCGCCGCUGCGCCGCCGCGCGACGGCCCCUGCGGCUGGCUUGAUUUUGGUGGUGCUGGCGGCGGCCGAAAGAACGGGCGCUACAGGCCAGCGGCCCGCCCCGGCGGCAGCCCAGUGCGCUGCCGCGGCGCUGGUACCGCGACCUGCGGCGGCAGCGGCGGCGGCGGCGGCCCCGGUCGCUACGGCUGGAGCCUCGUUGCCGCCGAGGGCGGCGACGCCGCACGGCGGCUCGCUUUCGAGGAGUCGCUGGAGUCCGCCGCGCACGUGGCGUCGCUGCAGGCGAUCCUUGGCGGCCGCGGCCAAGGGCCUUGCGCGAGCGCGAGCGCGGGCCGCACGCCGGGCGCGGCGGCGGCGGCCGCCGGGCUGCGGUGGGGAGCCGACGCAGGGCGGCCGGCUUUGAGGCAGCUUCCCGGAGGCUCGUGCGGCCUGGUCAACAUUUCCAGCAUCAGCAGCGCUGAUCCGAGGGCGCCCGACCCGCGCCGCGGCGGCGACGCAGAUUG